GUUUGACACGCCUUGCACACUUGUGGGGCUUCGGCACUGUGUAUUAUUAUUUAGGAAGGUGAAAGUCUACACAUUCCCAUACUUAUUUUUAAAGAGAGAAUAAGUAUGUAAUAGCCAAUAGCCCAAAACUGUCACUUGCUAGCAGCCUUUUGGAGGACGUUUCAGCACCGUUACCUAGCAACGAGACCCCGCUAGUUGUCAUGCACGCUGCUGUCACCGCGGGUCCAGACGUUCUGCGCUGCCUUGUAUCCAUUAUUAAUGAUGCCACAAAAACGAAACCUGUUCAGGAAGGCAUAUGUCAAGAAAGAAGGGGGAAGAUAUUAAACCAUCGCUGCUAGUUUCAAGACCGGGAUCAACUUAAAGGUAAUGGCACACUGCUGAAGAAGAACCAGCUGGCUAAACACAACCAAGAGUCCAUGGAGGGAGACCUGGGAGAGUUGGAUGAGGAUGUUCAGGGGGAGGACAGAUCCGUAGUACUGUGGGAAAAAUGCAUCAAGCAGAGCUUCUUUGUUGAUCUCAGUGAGGAUGAAAGUCUCCACUUCAGUGAUCUGGAGAGUUCUUUGGCCUUGCAUCUGUCCCAGGCAGAGUCUGCUGCCUCUGAAGCAAGCAUCCAUCUUAGUGGGGAUGCGGAGCUGUCUGGGUUGGAUGACUCCUCCUCAGAGAGCAGUGUGGGCAGUCAGAGCGGGAGGGUUCUAGAGAGCAGUUCCAAGAGAAACCUCUUACAUGUGUCUUCCCAAAGAUCAAAACACCAUCCAAGAUGAGCUGCCCAUAAACCAGGGAAGUGAGGACACUGGACAAAAUACCAGUGAUGAGGAUCAGGAGGACUUGCCAUAUGAUGGCAACAUUGGAAGCCCUUACUUCAACAAGAAAGAUUCCUCUGAGGGAAACAUUAGCUCUGAUGGAGGACACACUGUUCAUACAAGUCCUGAUCUUUCUGGUCAGCUUGAAUUAUUGCAAGACGAUAUCAGCACAAAGCAGGACAACGUUUUUGAUGCUUCCAAGCAAAGUGAGCUUGGUGGACCGCAUCCUGGUGCUGCAGACAUUAACCAGUUAUUGCUGCGGCACUUCUCCCAGGAGGAAUUGCUGCGGUUGGGUAGGCUGAUUGAGGCAGAGACCCUGCCAGAGGUGUCCCUGUUGGAGAGUGCAGACGACAGUGUUUUUAGCUGGGCUCCAACACACAACAGCAAAGCAGUGAAUAAUAACCACACAGAGAGCUCAGAUGAAAAGAGUAAUGCUGCAUCAAAAAAAGCAAGUUCAGAAGAGCAGAUACAAAAGAAGACUCCUACUUUCACAUCUGGUGCUUAUGCAAACAGCACAUCCAACUCUGAAAGUACAGAUUCUAAGCAGAGCAGUGAGGAUUUCAGUGCAGAUGAAGUAAAGCAGGACAAAGCAGAUGAGGAGGAAGAGCAGGUUCAGAGAGUUCCUCUGGUGCGUACAAGAUCCUUCAGCGAGAUGAAGUAUGGCCAAGGCCAAGUCCAUUACCCACUCCCUGACUUCUCCAAGGUUGCCCCUAAAGUGAAAAUCCCCAAAACCCCAGCCAGAUCACUUCCUCAGUGCCCUAGCACCAUUCACAGAGCUCAGUCUUCCCCAGGCAUGUUAGAGGUGAUCAGCAGAGUCUUGGAGGACUCAGUCCUGCCAGCCGGGAAAGCUAAUGUCUUUAAAGAUGAAGAAAAGCACACUCCUCCUGCACUGGUGCACCAUCUGCAGGCUGAAUAUGAUAAAUUACUCACCAAAUACGCAGAGGCAGAGAACCUCAUUGAUCAGAUGAGACUAGGAACCAGUAAUCAUCCCUCCUCAGAACUCAUGCCUUAUUUAGAGGAUGAUGAUGAAGAUCAGGGGCAGUUAGCUGAGCUGAGCCAUCUUGGAUACAAAGCUCCUCAUCUUCCCUCAUCAGAAAGCUUAAAUGAAAAAGCUGAAUCAGCUCUCAUCAGCACCAUUAAGGAGGCGACCACAGCUUCCUCCAGUGAGCUUCAGGAUAAUCCCAGUGACGGGGAAAGGAUGACCGCUGAGCUGAGAGACAUCAUCAGCCAGUUCAUGCAGAAGGUGGAUGAAUUCAGAUUUACUGUGAGCAACAUGGCUGUAAGCACAGAAGAAAAGCAAAUGAUGUUGAGGAGCAUGAUGGAGGCUCAAGACCAGUUGGAAAGAAAAUAUAUCAGUAAGAAGGAGGAGCACAGAGCUCUGGAGAUGCAAAACUACAUGGGCUUAUCCAGGAACACUGGCACUUUUGAUGCUAACAGACUAGUGGAAGGAGACAUAUUCAGGAUAGGCAUGCAUCUUGAGGACAUUAAGGAGAUCAUAGACAAAAACAUGUGUGAUCAGGUUUCUCCUCCUCACUCAACAUCCACUCCCACGUCCACCACUGUACCCACUCCUGUCUGCAUGUUCACACCUUCACCUCCACCUUCCCUGCACGAGGGGCAAAGUUAUAAGAUGGACACAGAAGAAGAAGAAGAAGCAGAGGGGGGCAGUGACCUUCAGAUAAAUGGUGGAUCAGACCAAAGUAGUGAGCUCGUAGCUGUUGACCGUCUAGUGAAAAACUCUAGACAUGGCAGCUGCCAGUCACGGGACUCAACGGGCUCCUUGGUGGGACUUGAUGUCUCUAAAGCUGAGGAGGAGGAGAGGAGCUCUGAUUUGUCAGAGGUGGCAGAUCACAGUGACAUCUUAGCUUACCUGUGUGGAAACAAGACCACCUCACACGCGCAGUGGACAGUCAGCAGCCAGAGCAUCAAGGAUAGAGGCUCCAGACAAAAGGAUGAAUGUGAUCUGGGUGAUUGUGUUAGUCUGGCAGUGGAGGUCUCCUGUUCCUCUGAUGCACCAAGAGGCUCGGAGAGCCACAGCCUCUCAGAGCCGGAUGUCAACACCUCAUGUGCCUCGCAGAAGAUGGUGAGUUCAGAAACAGACAGCGGAUUUGGGAGCUCUUACUUGAAUCAUUCGGGCUCGGGAUCAUUUCAACCAAAUCUGCUUCCAGAAAGUGUGCUGUCCCAGAAAGAAGGUUUAAGUAGCUCAGACAGUGAAGACUCGUGCUCCCACCUGCAAACAGCCAUCCAUCCUGCCAUCACUGGCUACCAGUGGGCCAGCCCCCACCCAUCUGUCUUAACACAACACUGUGGAGCAACAGCUGCAGUGGACCUGUGGGUGGACAGUACCACUAAGAAACCUUCAGCAAUGCUGCAAGGAUCUGACCAAAGCCUGUCUGCUCAGCACCAUCAGCUCGUAUCUCAACCUCCACUUGGCACCUCCAUGGAUACUGAUGGCAGAGGCAGCCCUCUGCGCUCCUGCUCUUGUAAUAGUGAGGCUAUCCUGGCCUUGCAGUCGGAGGUGUCUAGGCUAAAGAAGGACCUGGAGGUGGGCUUAGUGCAAUUACCUCACUUAGCUCAGAAGAUGGACUAUCUCAUCUCAAAAUACAGACAAGAGCGCCAGGAGCGCCGGUCCAGAACCAAGACUUACCAAAGUCCAGCCUGUAACAGAGUGGGGAAUAACAGCAGAGAUGUGAGUAACUUCAGUUUAAGUCAGGCAAGGCUGGAGGACUGGAUCUCAUCAGACAUGGACCCCAGCCAGAGCAAAGGCACAGACAGCAGUCAAACAAGCUCUGAGAUAAUGCUGCAGUUACACAGUUCACCAGCAGGGAGCAGAAAAGGUGGCAGAGGUGUACAUUCAGUUUCUCCUGCUGCGUGGACAGAGGGAGGCCGCUCACUGGAAACUUCUGGGUUGAAAAGCUGCAGUUUAAAAGGAGAGAACCACAUGAUUUCUGACUUCAGACCACAGAUCGUCACAAAUAGUUUUUACUCUAAGGACAGAUGGUCUCUUCUCUCCAGCUCGUUUCUCCAGAAGCCGCUGCUGCAGGUCAGCUACGGCUCCUCCUGCAGUCUGCCGGCCAGCUAUAAAUUCAGUGAGCCACCGCUGCAGUCCAUGUCCCAUCACAGAAAACGGUCCACUCAGUCAGACACAGCACUUCUGCCCAGCAAUAUGUACUUUCAGCGGACACCGUCUCCAUCAUCGGUGCCUUUCAAGACUGGCAGCAGGACAAGCAGACGUAGCAGGAGCAAGGAAGAAGACGUGAACAGGACUCUGGACCAGGCGAUUGAGAUGGCUCGCAGCAUGAAGAGGACCACUGACCGCAUGGCCAGGAGGCUGUCUGCAGAUCUGGCUAAGGCUCAGCUACACAGGAAACUGCACCACAUGCAGUCGCAAGGUGGAAGGAAACACCAGGACACUGGCUAUGGAUGAGUUUAUAUUCUCAUCUCUUUGCCUUUAUAAAAUAUAUUUUAAUUACAGUAUAUCUGAUUCACAGAUGUGAUCUGUGAUAAGUUUGUUUUGUUUUCUUUUGUUUUAAACAGUAUCGUCUAUAGUAGUAACAUGUAUAGUACGUUUUUAAAGUUACUGAUAUUUUUUAUGAAUGGGCAACAUUUUUUAAAUAUGAAAUGUCUUCAUGUUUUGAUUUGAUCUCAAGGCCUCUGAAGAACAUUUUUAUCCAUCCAUCUUAACUGUAUCCUCACCAGUGUCCAAAAUAAAUUCAAAAUGAAUGCUGUGAGACACAAUGUGGUGAAGACAACAUUAGACAUAGAGUACAUUGUGACAAGUUGAAGCAAUAAAUGUAAACUUUGUUUUCACAAUGCUCCAUGCCACUGAACACCCUGGUAAUCUUUUUUUAAUGUCAGGUGAAAUAUAAGGAGUGAAACUACAGUGAAUGUAUGAUUUACAGAUGGAAAAUGUAGGAAGAAAACACAUAAAAAAUAUAAAGUGACCUAAAAUUCAGCUUGAUCCUCUUUAAUUGGGUGCUGCAAGUGAAAAUACAUCCUUAACCAUCCUUAGACAUCAGGUGACUCACUCUGAUAUUUCACCUCUUUACUUUGCCUGCUUCAGUUGUAUGUUUGUGAUCAUUGUCCUGCAGAAUCAUGCAGUGAGUUUGAUGUGUUUGGCAUUUCAAGUGUUUCCUGUUUGUACCUACUUUGUUUUUUUUCUUUUAACUGUGAUGUCAGUGCACAGAUUUGGAGACAAUACCUCAGUCUUACAACUCUCAGUAAAUGAUAAGAAACAGCAGCACAGUGCAAAGAUUCAUACAUGUCAUAGACUCUGAAAUGCACCCUAAGGUCC